CCGUCUGGGCGGACUUGUAGCUGGUAGCUGCCGUUCAGUGGCAGCUCCCUGACCCUCCCUGUGCGGAUUGUUAUUAAAGUUGGUUGGCUGCUGUUUCUGAGGUGACUCAAGCGGAGAAGAAUGUUUUCCUUUGAGCUGGGAGACAGCAGCACCCAAUGAAUCGGCUGAGAGUGAAAGAUGCUGGAGUCGCCUGACAGGCUCCGAAUGCAGCAGCUGCUGAUAGGCAACUGCCGGCCGCAGUGGACACUAGGCUGGUGCCGAGCGUCAGUGGGCUCGCAGGGGGGCAGCGCUCUUGCUCUACUGAUGUGGGGCUGCAGGCACCCCGUGAGCAAGGGCUGAGCUCAGGCAGUCUGGCCGACUGUGUGGCUCUGCCUCUGGGGACGCUGACAGAGCUGGAGGUGUGGGGCGGUUAACUGGAGCACAGGAAGAUGCUGCAGGCUCAGUGUAAUCUCACUGCAAAGAAGUGUCGCUGCUGCCACCCUGCUGGUGAACAGGCUGAGGCUGCUGGCUUGCCUGCAGUGACUGAACAGGUAAAUAUCGCCAGUGCUUUACAGGUUAAAUUUAAGAGGCCAAUUGAGGGCCGGGCGGCUUGUCUCCGGAAGGAGGCCAACCCCUGUGACGCUGUCGGGUUCUCUGGGAAGCUGUCAAGUGUGAUGGUCGUUUCUCCGCCGAAAUCUGUCAGCAAUAGACCGAGACGGCCCAGGAGCAUCUGCGUCCCGGAGAACAGGAUUGGGUUACCCCUGGAGCUGGAAUUAGCAGAAGUAAAUGGAGCAAGAGGGAUUGAUCCUGAGUCACUGUCUGAAAGGGAGCAUUCAACACAGGAUGGAGAAACGGCGGCAGUAACUGUGCGUACUGGCAGGAAGGAGUUACGUAGACCUCUCAGUAUGAGCUUCCUUGAGACUAACAACACCACUGCACAAGGUGAGGCUGAGCCUGCAGUUGCUGCUGAGACUCAGCGGAGCAGCACAGUCACCAGGUCUGACAGUGGACGUUUUCUUCGAACUGGCUAUCGAUGGUCCAGUCAGCGAUGGGCAAGCUCAACUCCAAAAGCUGGGGCUGUGAAAGAAACAGCAACCGAUCUCAAGACCCAAAACUCCAAGGCAUUGUUCAAAUCACUGAGGAGGAGUUUGAGCUUCCGACUGAGGAGAGGGCCAGAGACAAAAAAGGAGCCCGAGGGCAGCAGAGUCAGGACACAGAGUGUUGGAGACUCCUUUCCACGAAGACUGCAGCCCCAUGGGCACACAGGCCCAUCUCCCUCAGACUCACUAAACCAAGAGGAGCUCAGCACGAAGGAGGAAGAUUCGUUUGUGAACAGUCAGGAGUGGACACUGAGCCGGUCUGUCCCAGAGUUGAAAGUGGGAAUUGUAGGGAACCUGUCAAGUGGGAAAUCUGCUCUUGUUCACCGAUAUCUGACUGGAACCUACGUGCAAGAGGAGUCACCUGAAGGUGGUCGGUUUAAGAAGGAGAUUGUGGUUGACGGACAGAGCUACCUCCUGCUGAUCCGGGAUGAAGGGGGACCUCCUGAGGUGCAGUUUGCAGCCUGGGUUGACGCCGUGAUCUUUGUCUUCAGUCUGGAGGAUGAGAUCAGCUUUCAGACAGUUUACAAUUACUACAUGCGGCUCUCCAGUUACCGGAACACGGCCGAGAUUCCCAUGGUGCUGGUGGGGACACAAGAUGCAAUCAGUGCCACAAACCCUCGGGUCAUUGACGAUGCCCGUGCGCGGAAGCUAUCCAAUGACUUGAAGCGGUGCACAUACUACGAGACGUGUGCGACCUAUGGACUGAACGUGGAACGGGUUUUCCAGGAUGUGGCUCAGAAGAUUGUGGCGUUACGGAAGAAGCAGCAGUUAUCGAUUGGACCCUGCAAGUCACUGCCAAACUCUCCCAGUCAUUCCUCCGUUCCCAAUGCCUCCAUCCCAUCUGUGCACAUCAACCAGGCUGCUAACGGAGGGGUCUUCAGUGAUUACUCCUCUUCAGUCCCAUCCACGCCAAGUAUGAGCCAGAAGGAACUGCGAAUUGAGACAAUCGCUGCCUCCAGCACUCCCACCCCCGUCCGCAAGCAGUCCAAGCGGCGCUCAAACAUAUUUACGUCUCGGAAGGGCAGUGACACGGAUAAGGACAAGAAGAGCCUAGAUGGUAAAACAGACAAUAUUGGGAGUGGACGAGCUAUCCCCAUCAAACAGGGAAUUCUCCUGAAGCGGAGCGGGAAGUCACUCAACAAAGAGUGGAAGAAGAAAUACGUCACUCUCUGCGACAACGGUGUGUUAACCUACCAUCCCAGUUUACAUGAUUACAUGCAGAAUGUCCACGGCAAGGAGAUCGACCUCCUCCGCACAACGGUCAAAGUCCCGGGAAAGCGCCCCCCGCGAGCCUCGGCAGGGAACGCUCCUGGCGCCAGUCCCAAGACCAAUGGGCUCACCAAGGACAGGAGCAACCUGCAGCUGGCAGCGAGUCAAGAUGUGGAGGAAAGCUACGAGUUUGUCAUUGUUUCGCUGACUGGCCAGACGUGGCACUUUGAGGCCUCGAGUUCCGACGAGAGGGAAUCGUGGGUCCUGGCCAUUGAGAGUCAGAUCUUUGCCAGUCUUCAGUCGUGUGAAAGCAGUAAGAAUAAGUCUCGACUGGGAAGCCAGAGCGAUGCUGUUGCCAUCCAGUCCAUCCGGAACGUGCGGGGAAACAGCUUCUGUGUUGACUGCGACGCACCCAAUCCCGAUUGGGCGAGUUUGAACCUCGGAGCCUUGAUCUGUAUAGAAUGUUCUGGCAUCCACCGGAACCUGGGCACUCACCUGUCACGGGUGCGUUCAUUGGACCUGGACGACUGGCCAGUCGAACUGAUCAUGGUGAUGACUGGGAUCGGGAAUGCCAUGGCGAACAGUGUGUGGGAGGAUUCGAUGCAGGGGCUGAUUAAACCCAACCAGGACAGCAGCAGAGAGGAGAAGGAGCGUUGGAUCAGAGCCAAGUACGAGCAGAAGCUUCUCCUGGCCCCACUGCCUCAGUCGGACAUCCCGCUUGGACAACAGCUGCUCCGAGCUGUGGUGGAAGAUGAUCUGCGUUUGGUCGUCCUGCUCCUGGCUCAUGGCACAAAGGAAGAGGUGAACGAGACGUACGGGGAUGGCGAUGGGAGGACCGCGCUGCACCUCUCCUCGGCCAUGGCCAACGUUGUCAUCACCCAGCUGCUGAUAUGGUACGGAGUGGACGUGAAGAGCCGCGAUGCUCGAGGACUGACGCCAUUGGCGUACGCUCGCCGUGCAGGAAGUCCGGAGUGCAUCGAGAUCCUCACACAGCACGGCUGCCCCAGUGACAACUUCAUCCCGAUCCCGACUCCAAACCUGUCGCGUCGGAACACCAACGUAAACAACAACUCGCAGUCGGAGCUGUAUCGGAGCGCCAGCAUCAUCUAAUGUAGCAACACUGAGACCCUGGUCCCAGCCGCGCUCUGUGUGACUGACCCACUCCUCCCUCCGCACCCCUCGUACCCCCCCACAGACCGGUGUCGCCCACUCCUCCCUCACUGCUGCUGUGUCAGUGACCCCCACCCCCCCCACACCCCUCAUAUGCCCCCACGGACCGGUGUAGCCCACUCCUCACUCACUGCUGCUGUGUCAGUGACCAGUGCCAGGCCGGGCUGGGCCCGCAGACCCCAGGCCCACCAACCUCCCAGCCAGCGGCUGUGACUCCCAGCAGGUGGGAGGCAGCACGGACGGCAGGGGGACUCGGCCCUGUAGGGGGGGCUCGGCCCUGCAGUGGGGGUAACACCCAGUGUCACCAGGACCACCCCCCCCAUAGACGGACCCCCUCACUACCCACCCCCUCACUGACACCCCCUCCACUACCCUCCUCACCCCCCACUGACCUCCUCACUGACACCCCCUCUACCACCACCCACCACUGACCCUUCCACCCAUAGAUGGCGCCCCUCUCCCUCAGUCAGAGCCCCUCCCACCCACAGUCGGAGCCCCUCCCCCUCACUCAGAGCCCCUCCCCCUCAGUCAGAGCCCCUCCCACCCAGUCAGAGCCCCUUCCCCAACCCCCCCCUCCCCCCACUGCUGCUGUGUGUGGUGGGGGUGACUGUUGUGGUGAGGACCCCUCCCCACUGAGCUGUACAUACAGAGCGGUAAGUGGGCAAUGGGGCUGUGGGUAGUGGCAGAGCCACACCAGGGCAGGUCGGUCCACGCUGUGCUGGGGAGGCAGUGACACCGGCUCAGUCCCAUGGUCCUGUCCCCGUGACCCUCCAGGUAACAGCAGCAAGUAGGGUUGUGGCUGGGGCUGUCAGUCAGUGACGCCUGCACUGUGUGGUGUGGGAACUGUGAGGCUCACUCUGCACACUCACACACACCUGCUGUGCACACUCACUGUGCACACACACCUGCUGUGCACACACACUCUGCACACUCACGCAACCUGCUGUGCACACUCACUGUGCACACUCACACACACCUGCUGUGCACACUCACUGCGCACACACACCUGUGCACACUCACUGCACACUCACUCUGCACACAAUCGCACACCUGCUGUGCACCCUGCUGUGCACACUCACUCUGCACACCCACUGUGCACACUCAUGCAUACCUGCUGUGUACACUCACUCUGCACACAUUGUGUACACUCUUCACACUCACUGCACACUCACUCUGAGCACUUAUUUUGCAAACACAUUGCACACUUGCACUGUGCACUCAUUCUGCACAUUCACUGCACUCUCUCUGAAUACUCAUUCCGCACACAUUGCACACUCACUGUGCACACUUACUGCACACUUCUCUGCAUACUCGCUGUGGGGUGGUGAAUCCUGGCUGGGUUUGAGAUAGGAUACAGACUUUGCCUCGGAUGCAGGGUCCCAGCUCCUGCCUAUGCCGUUCACUUACACUGCACACUCCUUGCUCAGCUCCCGUCCUCUGACUGUCUGCACCUGUCUGCGUGCACAGGAGUGCAACUGAGUCUGUGUGUGCGAGGGUUAAUAGGGAAUGAGUGUGUGUGUGUGUGUGUGUGUGUGUGUGUGUGUGUGUGUGUGUGUGUGUGUGCUCGCUCACUUGUGAGAGAGUACGAUUGCAUGAACAAAGUUUGAAACAAAGAAUUAGUCAAAAGCAUCAAUCAGGUUAGAGGUACUUUGCUGAAUUAAUUUACAGCCCUGGAGGAGUCCCCUCCCUCCCUAGGGUUGUGUCCCGACCUCUCCCUGGGGAGAGGAGAUGAAGCAUUCCCUCUCUGCCCCCAGGGGUGGCUCCUGCUCCCUUGCCUGGCCUUCUCACUCUGAAGCAACAAGCUGUACUGUGGCAGUGUGCCCCAUCACUGAGAUCCACAGGGUGUUAACUCCCAGCACAACACUGGCAGCGAGACAGCUCUGAGCUCAGACAGACAGGGACCAGCCGUGUGGUGAGGGUUUGCUGGGCAUUGCUCUGGGUUCAGGCAUCACUGGGUACAAUUAAUGGCAGCCUCAACAGAGGAGGACGUCUGUCACCUGUCUCUGGUUACAGGUACAGACCAGGUAUUGGUGUAGGUACAGGCACCUUCCGGUGACAGGUCACCGUGGGUACAGACACCUUCCAGUGACGGGUCACCGUGGGCACGAACACCGUCUGGUGACAGGUCACCAUGGGUACGGACACUGUCUGGUACCGGGUCACCGUGGGUAUGGACACCGCCCAGUGACGGGUCACCGUGUGCACAGAUACUGUCCGGUGACAGGUCACCAUGGGUACAGACACCGUCCAGUGAUGGGUCACUGUGGGUACAGACACCGUCCGGUGAUGGGUCACUGUCUGUAUGGACACUGGUAUCUGUGCAAUGUGCUGGUGCUAUUACUGGGAAGAAAUGUCCUCAGUGUGUGUCCAAGUCCCUGGUGUGUGCCGGGACCCCAGUGUACGUCCAGACCCCUGGUGUGCGCCGGGACCCCAGUGUGUAUCCGGACCCCUGGUGUGUGCCGGGACCCCCAGUGUUCGGGGCCCCCAGUGUGUGUCUGGUCCCUGUGCUCACACUGUUCACUGAGACACACUCACCAAGGCUGUCUGUGUAUGGUGCCCAAAUCAUUGUGUGUUCCCACCUCACCCCCUCCCCUUGGCCCACCCCUGUCCCCACUGCGAAGCGAUCAUUGUCCUGGAUUAGAACCCUCCCAUAGUCUGGUCUUGUUUCCCCUCCACCCCCCCCCGUUACAUUUGCCUGUCCCAAGCAGCCUCCAGCCCAGUGGAUGGUCUUUGGGUAUCGGGGCUCCCACUCUGGUCUGCAGCUGUUGCCCUGUGCAAAGGAAGCCCUGAACUAGUACAGGGAUCCCUGUGAAAGGGAAGACUGGUUUGAGCCCAGCACAAUAACUGGGUCGGAUCACCCCGUGCCCUCAGCACCCCUGCUCCCUGCUGAAGGGUGGGCUAAUCAUAGUAAAUUGUGUUCUAAUUCUCUUCUGUCUGAAUCAGUCGCCGCUAACAAUCGUGGAUGAACUUGCACCCAAUGCUGUGUGUGGGCUUCUGUUAAUCCUCUCAUCUGGUUUUAAUUCCCAAGCAGCGUGAUAUACUGGAAUCAUCGCACAAAACACUAGAACCCCUUACACUUUAGCAAUUAGGUUGGUAUUACCGUAUUUAUACAUCACUCACCAUAAAGGUACCUGUGUAUAAUAUGUAUAUUCAAAAUAUUUAUAUUUCCGGCUGUAAAUAUUGUUUGGAUGUUGCUGUGUUCAGUUUUUUGCUGUAUGCUUGGACAGUUCCGACAGAUCCAUACACAGCUCAAUAAAACAACCGCAGCUGUGCUCAGUUCCUGGGGUGACCCACA